UACACAUUCUCUCAUAGCUCUCAGUCUUAUCUCCGAUUGUAGAUAUUUUGAGGAUCCAUAAGAGAUGUCAAAAAUUUUUUAUCACUAUGUUUACAUUCAAAGUUGUUUAAUAAAAAAAAAGACAGACACUUACAAUUUUCGACACGUAGCAAGUGCAACACGCUGCGAAGCUAAUUAGUUUUUAAUCACGAUGAGCACCGCCAAAGACGAUGAUGCUUUUUGGAACAGCAGUGAGAUGCGAUCGUUCUGUUUUGAAAAUAAUGAGGUGGAUCAAUUAUUUGAAGUGUCAACAAGUAAUACUGAGUUUACCGACGAUCUUCAGGCCACAAAACCUAUAUUGUCAGUUAUCUCUGAGAAAACACUUUCGUGCAUUUUAGCUGCUGACAAAUUACAAACCGCGCAGUCAGAAACGGCUGUUGCUCAGCCUGACAUUACUUUGAGAAAGAUACUGCUUGGUCAAUCGUAUUCAUUGGAACAAUACAAAUCUCUUGCCAGUAAAACUGCCUUAUUGGAUGCUGCUAUUUUAAGCGGAGAUGGAAAUGCCAUUUUGAUAAUAAUUUUAUUUCUCGCAAAAACUUUGAAACGGUCCCUGCUACAAAGACUGUUGGCUGAGAGACAAGACGCGGUUAAUGUAUAUAUACACUAUCUUUUUAUAAGAUUGCAGACAAGUGAGAUAACUGACAUAUUGACAAUGCUGGGUCAUUCUUCAACUGCUGCUAUGAAGAAUCUCCAUAUUAUUAUAAAGAACACAAGAGAUCCCAACAGGUUACUGCAAAAACUUCAAAAUUGUUACAAAGUCCAUUUUGCAAUGUUACCGGAUUGUAAAGAAGCUACAUUUUUAGAAUCUUACAUUAAGUUAUUAGAAUGGCAAAUAAGAAUAAAACAGAAGAAAGAGAGCGAGGAGCUUUCGGUGAAUUCUUCUGUUCAGGAAUCUCUGCAUUACGCUUGCAAGCACUAUUGUGAUACACCAGCUAAUUUCGUCGUGAUAUCGCCCACAACGCUCUCUCAGGAUCAUGAUAUUUCUCCUAGACUGUACCAGAAAGUUGCUUUGCAAGUUAAAGCCGCCAAUGGAGAAUGGGACAAUAUCGAUCGUUUGCUCUUAACAAAGGGAAUACUUGGUAAUACAAAACUGCAAACACAUUUAUACGUGGAAGACAUUUUGCAAGUAUUGCACAAGCACAACGCUCCGUAUGCCAUUCUUGAAAAAUAUCUGAAAUUCGUCGACAGUUUAGAAAAACGAUUGGAGUUGGCGAAGAGACUGUCUUGUCAUAUAGUAGUAAUUGAUGUGUUUGUGCAACAAGCGGAUCGUGCCGCGCUGAUGGAUUACAAAGCCAAGUUACAGCCUCAAUCGGAAGAAUACUUUUACGCCGAGAGCGCUUUACGUUUGCCACACGUUAAGUGGAAGAAUUAAACUUUGCUGUACAAAUUGUAUACUAUGUAAUUGUAAACAAACCAUUCUAAUAUUUAAAUUACAUAUAUUUAUACUAUUUUUAAUAUAUUGU